CAACCAUUAGAAUUUUAUUAAGUUCAUAUUCGGCGGUAUGAUAUACCAAAUAAAAUUGAUUUCCAUUCCUUCUGGUAAUCAUACUGCUUUAACAUUCCAACUCACAACCCCAUGUGGUGUGGGGCAAGAAAGCAAUCCUGCCCCGGGCAGGAGAAGGAUACUCUGUAGAUUUUAAACACCCAAUCUCAUCAUCAUCUUCAUCAUAGUUCAUAUUAUUGCAAGUUUGGAACUUUAUUCAGAUUUCAGAUGUCAUAAACUUCCUGUAAGGUCAUUCCUUAAAGUACCGUUACACCGUUGCCUAUAAAAGGGAAAUCAAGAUGCCAAAUUUCCCAAAUUUGACCCAAUCACUCGAUUGACGCGCUUAUGGUUCCGUGAGAUCAUCGUUCUCCUCCUCCGCGACUUCCCAAUCCGACCGCCUCGUAUUCCGCCGCUUGACCUAGUCCUCCGACGGUCGUUGCGCUCCGUUGACCGGCUGUUGCAGUCGCAAGAAUGAGCUUUCCGAAUCAGAACAUGAGGAAAAGAGAGCGAGAGAACCCCUGCGUCGUCUGCGGCCACUACCACAAGUACGAGGAAGGCGAGGUUUGCCCGACCUGCGGCCACCGCAUGCCGGGGGUGACCGAGAAGACGUCUCCGAUCCACGUCAGCGCCUUCCCUUCUGAGAUCCUGCCCGACUUCCUCUUUCUGGGCAGCUACGACAAUGCCUCCCGGGCAGAGCUUCUUAAGACCCAGGGGAUUUCUCGAGUUCUCAAUACUGUUCCUACCGUUCAAAACCUAUAUAAAAAUUCUUUUACAUAUCACUGCCUCCAAGAUGAGCAAAAUUUAGAGUUUGAUGAUGCGGUUGAAUUCUUAGAAGAAUGUGAAAGGGAUAGAGCACGUGUUCUUGUACAUUGUAUGACAGGAAAAAGCAGGUCCCCUGCCAUUGUGAUAGCAUUCCUGAUGAAAAGUAAAGGAUGGAAACUUGCACAAAGUUAUCAAUGGGUGAAAGAGCGUAGACCUGUGGUUGAACUAACUCAAGCCAUCUACCAGCAAUUGCAGAAAUACGAACAGCAAGUCUUUGUAAGCGGGAGUGGCAUAGUCCCUUUGAGCGUGGCAGCGGCGGCCUCAAACCCCCCUGCCCAUCACGUGGCGCCUUCAUUCAGCUUCGGCUUCCCAAAGCCCAGUGAAAGUGCUUCAGCGUUUUCUGUUCCCACUUUCAACACUGCUGGUGCAACUUCCGUUUUCACCAACCCACUUCUCAGCAACAUUGCUCCUCACGAAUUCACUUUUGGGGCUGCUGGGUGUACUACCACCUCACAAAACCCUCCUCCCAUUGCAAAAGCAAAUGCAAAUGAUGGUGGUGAUAUAUGCAUGGAUGGGUCAUGAAGAAAAAAACACCCGGGAAAUCGAAACCCAAUGUCAGUCUAGAGUCUCACGAUGAAACUGCGUGGUCACAAUGCAAAGCUUCAAAAGUUGGUGAGGGGGACAUUUGAAUGUCAUCUACAGAUGUAAAUUUGGGAAAAAGUGUUCAUACCCAGUACUUGUUUUUUGCUUGCUCUUACUUUAAAUUAUGGUUGUUGUGACUUCAAUGGCUUAGUUGUGAUGGGAAUCCAUGUUUUGUUCAAGACUCGUGGACGAGAGAACCAAUCUAAGCGGUAUUUGUACAUUGUGAAAUUAUAUCUAAAUCAGUUGGAUUAGUUUUCAAAUUCUAAUUUUUUUCUGUAUAAUAAAUAUAUCUAGCUAUAAUUCUGUAAUAUAGCUUAAACCAGUUGGAUAAAUAUUCACACUUGUCACAUUUACUGACAUAGCAUAAGUAGAUGUAAAAAAUGUUAUACAUUAUAGAAGCCUGACUUCGUUAUAC